AUGGUGCAGAAGGGCCUGGUCUCCGAGAUGAUCACUGGCGUCUGGCGAAUAAAAUGGUACAAGUACCGUUGGCCUCUACUAGCGGCGCUGAUACUCAAUGUCCUGCUCCUUAAUCAAUUCGUCUUCGAAGUGCCUUUGAACCCUUUUGGAGCUCUGCUGAAUAUCAACGACUUUGACUUCAACGGCCCAUAUGUCGGAUGGCCACUCGCGCGAGCAUGCAACGAGACCGCAUAUCAGCCGGGGCUUAUUUUUGUCUGCGACAAUAACUCUGGGGGAAUUGGGAACAUUCGAAACUUCAUUCUGACCUGUAUCCGCUAUGCUAUUGAUGCGGGCGCAUCGGGAAUCAUUCUGCCUAAGAUCCAGAGACGCAGCGAGGAAGACCUGGGCAACAUCUUCACUGCUGGCAUGCAGCCAUUCGAUUAUUUCUUCGAUGAAGACCAUUUCCGCUAUGCGAUGGAGACAUACUGUCCGCAGAUGACAAUCUACGACGAGGUGGACCAUAUCCCGAACAAGGAGAAGAAGAGAGAAAAGAGAGAAUUCUACCCCAAGGACUUGAAUGUGGAUCUGGAUGGGUGCGAUGGACGUGGUGUCAAUCGACAUCUGGACAUGUUCAGAACAAAGUUCGAUGGAUGGUUGAAGCAGCAGAAUUGUAUACCGUCAGUUGAAGAACCAGUCACUGUCAGAUUCAAGUGGGCAACGUUCUUUGAAUGGCCAAUUUAUAGGGACGGACCAGAAUUCGCUGCCACGUUCGGAGACUUGUUGAGAAUCAGAAAGGAUGUUCAAGAGCUUGCUGCGAAGACAAUUGUCGAGAUGUCGAAAUUCGCAGGCGUGGAGCCAGAUCCGACCUACGAGACAUUAAACACACCAUAUCUUGGAAUUCAUCUCCGGACCGAAAGCGAUGCUUUGGGAUUCUGGCCCAACUACGAGACUCAGACGAAGGGAUACAUGGAAGCUGCAGAAAAGAACAAUCUCAAACACGCAUACCUAGCUUGCGGUAGUCCUGCAGAUAGCCACAAAUUUGCCGAGGAAGCCCACGCAAAGUUGGGGAUGAACAUGACCACGAAGCUCGAUCUGCUUAAAGGAGAUGAUCUCAAACGUCUGACAGAUUUGAGUUGGGAUCAACAGGCUCUUGUCGACUUCCUCGUCUUGCAAAAGAGUACACACUUCACCGGGUGCUCUUUCUCAUCGUUCACAAUGAACAUUGCCAUCAAGAGACAUCUCAUGACUGGCGGUGUUGGAACGAGGGCAUGGAAGUCGCCGGCAGAUGAUUAUAGCACUUUAAUCGGACGAUUCGAGAGUUGGUAUGGCGACUGGAUGUUCAUGUACGAGUGCAUGUGGCCUUGA